UUUAAUAAAUCAAACACUAAUCACAGAAUUUUCAAACAUAAUGUAAAAAACAAACAACACAGCUUCAUACUCUUCCAACAAACAACACAGCUUCAUACUCUUCCAACAAACAACACUACUUGUCUCUUCCAUUCAUUCCUUCCACACAUAAAAUAAUCUCUCUCUCUCUCUCUCUCUCUCUCUCUCUCUCUCUCUCUCUCUCUCUCUCUCUCUCUCCAGCUUAUAAUCAAUUACACCCAUCAUCCUUCUUUUACACACGCCUACUCAAUUUGUGGCGCAUGCUAUGUCUCAUUUUGCAUAUGUUUGAAUUUUCUGUAACACUCUCUGACUUCUCCACUAUCUUCCAUUUUAAUAUUCAAGUGUAAAUUUCAAUCUUUAAGUACUCUUGAGUAUUAAAGCUUCAAACUUUAACAUUUUUUUGUGUUUUCCUUCUUGUAUUCUCAAAUGGGUCAGUUCCAAUUCUCUAAAAAAUUCACUCUUCAAGUAUAGUUCAGAAUUAAAGCUUCAAACUUUGAUAAGUUUUUUGUGUUUUUCUUCAUGUUUUUUCAAAUGGGUUUGUUCCAAUUUCUCUGAAAAAGCUUGUUAUGGUUUCUUUGGAGUUAUAUAAGUCUCAAAGUGAUUGAAUUUUGAGGCCUCAUUUGGAUUCUGCAGAAGAUUUUUUUUUUGAAGGAAAUUUGUAGCAGAUAUGGUAGCAGAAGCUUGGAUUGUAAAAAUGGGAAACCAAGUAAGUUCAAAUCUGAAACAUGCUCUUCUUCUUGAAACUUUAACAAAGAAAAAGCAUAAUCAAAAGAGAACAGAGAAUAAAGAAACUAUAGGUAUUCUUUCUUUUGAAGUAGCAAAUGUGAUGUCAAAAAUUGUUCAUCUUCAUAAAUCACUUUCAGAGUCUGAGAUCUCAAGGCUUAAAAAUGAGAUCUUGAACACUGAAGGUGUUAAGAAUUUGGUUUCUUCUGAUGAAGGUUAUCUUCUUGAGCUUGCUAUGGUAGAGAAGCUUGAAGAGUUGAACCGUGUUGCUAGUGUUGUUUCUAGGUUAGGUAAGAAGUGUUCUGAGCCUGCUUUGCAAGGGUUUGAGCAUGUUUAUAGUGACAUUGUUGGUGGUGUUAUUGAUGUGAAGGAGUUAGGGUUUUUGGUUAAGCAUAUGGAAGGAAUGGUGAGGAAAAUGGAUAGGUAUGUUAAUGUUACUAUGAGUUUGUAUAGUGAAUUGGAGGUGUUGAAUGAGUUGGAACAAGCAGUGAAGAAGUUUCAGAAUAAUCAGCAUGUGGAGAGUAAGAAAGCUUUUGAGCAGAAACUUUUAUGGCAGAGACAAGAUGUGAGACAUUUGAAGGAUGUUUCUCUUUGGAAUCAGACUUUUGAUAAGGUUGUUGAGUUGUUGGCUAGGACAGUUUGUACUAUUUAUGCUAGAAUUUCUGUUAUCUUCGGUGAAACCGCUCUAAAGAACAAUAGUUUUGGGGUUGGUGUUGGUGGUGGAUCGCCGGUUAUGCAAAAUGAAUGUGGAUUUUUUUCUGGUAAUAUUAAUGUUCAGACGAAUUCAGGGAACUUGAAGCGCAAUCCAAGCAAGAGAAAUGGAUCUCAUCCAGGUUCAGUUGCAAGAAUGCCUGCAGUGCAGAGAAGGGGAGGAGCUACUAGUAAGCCGCGGAUCGACAUGAGAAGUGGCGAAUUAGCUUCUCUUCGGCCUGAGGAUUUUGGUUUUCCUUGUGGAACAAGUCCGGGGAGACUUUUUAUGGAGUGUCUAAGUUUGAGUAGCUCGGUUGCAAGAUUUGAUGAUGCCGAUGAUGGUUAUGUUAUCAAUCACGAGGAUCAAUACAGUCAUGUAUCUAGCAGUCGCAGUGGUGCCAUGGUGAAUAGUAGUAUGAAAAGGGAGCAUUUGUUCCAUUCGGGCGUCCUAAGUCAUGUUCAGAGUGGCGUUUCGUUUACCGGAGAACUAAGACAAGCCAAAUCCGGCGUACAAAGUUGCUCAACGUUUAGUCCGAAAAGUAGGUUAGCUGUUUAUGCUCCUCCUUCAACACUUGGUGGCUCAGCUCUUGCAUUGCACUAUGCCAAUGUCAUAAUUGUCAUAGAGAAGCUUCUUCGCUAUCCUCAUUUAGUUGGUGAGGAAGCCAGGGAUGAUCUAUAUCAGAUGCUACCAACAAGCCUAAGGUUAUCUCUCAAAGCGAAACUGAAGUUGUAUGUCAAAAAUUUAGCCAUCUACGACGCCCCUCUUGCCCAUGAUUGGAAGGAAAAUCUUGAUGGUAUGCUUCGGUGGCUUGCGCCUCUUGCACAUAAUAUGAUGAGAUGGCAGAGUGAGCGUAAUUUCGAGCAACACCAGAUAGUUAGCAGGACAAAUGUUCUACUACUUCAGACGUUAUAUUUCGCCGACCGUGAGAAGACCGAGGAGUCAAUUUGCGAUCUUCUUGUUGGGUUAAAUUACAUAUGUCGUUACGAACAACAACAAAAUGCAUUGUUGGAUUGUGCAAGCAGUUUUGAUUUUGAAGAUUGUAUGGAGUGGCAAUUGCAAUGUGGAUCUUCUUUUCUCAAUUGAGUAUAUAGACUCUAAAUUUUUGAAAAUCUUCAAUUUGGUGAGCAUUUUAUUCGUUUUGAAAUAUUUUAUCAUGAGGGUAUCAUCUCAAAAUUCUCAAUACAAUGUGGAAUUCUGAACUUAGCUACAUGAAAAGUAUUAUUGUAUUUAAUUAAAAUUAUAAUUUUACUUUGUGCAAUACAUAAGCUGUCAUUUAUAUAGGGACAUAAAUGUUCAUGCUGAACUUGUAAAUAAGUUUAUUGUACAGAUUGCAUAAUGCUUAGAGUUUGUUUUAUUAGAAUUGUUGUCAUGAA